AUGGACGAUGAAAAAGACGAAGAUGAUUUUAAAGUGAAAAGGACGUACGUUGCUGGGCCAUGGAUAACGACGAUGAAGAUUCUGAUUCGACGGUACCCAACAGACAAAUGUGGGUCCAGCAGUAGCAAAACAAGUUACUAUUUAUUACAUGAUAAAGAUAUGGCUUGGAAAUUAUCGAAAAAUUUGUGUUGUGAUCAAGAAUCACUAAUAAAAAUUAUUUUAAUGAUAUUAAUAUUUUGUAUACAAGGAUUAUACACGGAUUGUCCACGUUCUUGUGAAUGUAAAUGGAAGAAUGGUAAAGAAUCCGUUAUCUGUAUAAAUGCAAAUUUGUCAUCAAUUCCAUUACAAUUGGAUGCUGGAACACAAGUAUUAGAUUUAACUGGCAAUAAUGUUGUUACAAUAAAAAAUGAUGAAUUCAGUACAGCUGGUUUGUUGAAUUUACAAAAAGUUUACGUUGCAAAAUGUCAUUUAAAAACAUUAGAUCGAUACGCAUUUAGACAUUUAACGAAUCUUGUUGAAUUAGAUUUAAGUUUUAAUGCAUUACCAGCAAUUCCGUCACAUACGUUCGAAUCAAUACCAGAAUUAAGAGAGUUGCGUUUAAGUGGUAAUCCUAUACAAAGAAUAAUGAACGAUGCAUUUAUACAUGUUCAGCAAUUAGUCAAAUUAGAAUUAAGUAAUUGUAAAAUUGGUACAGUGGAAUCGCGUGCUUUUUCUGGUUUAGAAAAUUCCUUAAAAUGGUUGCAUUUAGAUCAAAAUCGUAUCAGUGAUAUACGAUCAACAACAAUAACAUCACUACAAAAUUUACAUGGUAUUGAAUUAGCUGGUAAUCCAUGGAAUUGUUCAUGUACGUUACGGCCGUUACGUGAAUGGAUGGAACGAAAUAAAAUUCCAUAUGGUAUACCACCCAUAUGUCGUUCACCACCGCGACUCGCGGAUAAACUAUGGGAUCGUUUACAUAUCGAUGAAUUUGCAUGUGCACCUGCAAUUGAAGCAUACAUUCCGAAAGCAUACGGUAUGGAAGGUCGUAAUGUAACACUUAGUUGUAAAAUUGGUGGUGUUCCUGAACCAAAUGUACGUUGGUUAUUAAAAAACCGUGUAAUUGCUAAUUUAUCCGGUGUACCGUAUAAUAACGGGAAAAAAUUAUAUGUUUUACAUUUACAAAAUCAAGCAAGCAAUUUAACAAUACUCACCGCUGAUAUGCAAGACGCUGGUGUUUAUGUAUGUGCAGCAGAAAAUAAAGCUGGACGUGCAGAAGCUAGUGUUACGUUAGCAGUGUCAAGACGUCCGGCUGAAGGAACUUUAUCCAGUCGUUUAGCAGUUAUUUGUGUUAUAGUGGGUGUAAUAUUCGUCCUAACGUCUUUUAUGUUUCUUGUGUGUGUGUGCGGUGUGCGAAAGCGACAACAGGCACGUGGUUUAAAUGAAUCACAACGUGCACGCGAAGAGAGUUACGAGAAAAUUGAAAUGAACAAUAAAGUGAAUGUGAAUCGAAAUAAUUGUAAUACAGGACCAAAUAGUGGCAACGGUAUUGUGCCUACGGGACCCGGUGGUGUAGUGGAAGUGAUGACUGCUGCACGACGGCGUGGUGAUUAUCGUGGUGUACCUACUGCUGAUACUGAUGUUGAAGUGGAUGAUGGAGAUGAUGUUGGCUAUGAAGAUGAUAUUGAGAAUACGCCAACGCCAUCAACGACUACUAAUCGAGAUACAAUAAAGCACUGGUCGAGUUACAAUGAUGAUAGAAUAGCACCGUUAAAUGUCAGUCAUUGGAAUAAUGAAACGACCAAUUUAGAAGCAGAUUUACAUAUACCGAGACGGAAUGCUUACACAGAAAGCAAUAACCGAGACGAUUGCAAGAAACUCCCAAGGUCAACAUCUGGUACAUUUAAUGAGUUAUCUUCGCACAGUACAAGUGGUACUUUUCAAUCAGAUUUAUUCGAUAACAGCAAUAACAGCAGUUUUCAUCAACAUUUACAAAAUGUUCCAGGCACAAGUUUAAAUGCUAGUGGGAAUAUAAAUAUUCAACGACGUGCUGGGAACGAUAUAUUUAAUGUAACAUCAAAUGGUCUUUCACAAAUGUUACAUCCGCAUGUGAUGCGAAAGCAAGUUUUAGAGAAUAACAGUGGUAGUCUUUAUACAACAUCACCAAUUACAUCAAUCCCAUCAACAAAUACUGAUUCUACGAAUCAAAAAAGAAAUUAUCCUGAUUUAUUAGAAUUACCAACGACAUCAGCAGCAUAUAAUAAUCGCGAUCAACAAAGUGUUUUCAAUCAGAACAUGAAUGAAAAUAAUCAGUACGGUCGUAAACAAAUGGAUAAUUUACAUUGUACGCUACCACGAAAAUCGCGUGGUAUCACAAACAGUUUAUAUAACCGGGCCAGUGCAAAGUGUCAUAAUAGUACAGACAGUGAAGCGCCAUUAUUAGCGGAUAGUAUUAGUCGUUACAGUAGUAGUGGGGGUGAAGAUAAUUCCGAGAACUAUUAUAAUUCAAAUCGACGAUUUUCUGUUGAUGAAUCAAGUGGAAGUUAUACGUGCAAUAAUAGUCGUAUCGGUGGUGUUCAACAACGGUCCAAUAGUUUUUUAAAUUUAUCAUCAACCGAACGACAAUUACGUAAUCAACAAAGUUUACCAACAUCUCCACAAGCAUUCGAUAAUAAUAUUGCAACACCAUUACUAAAUAUCAAUAAUUUGGAUACAAAUCUACAAAGUACAUAUUUAUCAUCUCAUACAUCACCGGAAACAUCAACAAAUGCUAAUACAUACGAUUAUCAUGCAGCACAAUUGGAACGGUUCUUAGAAGAGUAUCGUAAUUUACAAGAACAGUUAAAUAAAAUGAAAGAAACUUGUGAAGGUAUACGACAAAACGAUCAAAAUCUUCGUAGUGGUGGAACCAAUCCUGCAACAACAUCACCUAUGACUGGUGCGUUUAUGGAUCCUUUGCUCUAUAAUAAUGUAGGUGUGACGACGCCAUCGGCGGAGGAUGAUGAAAGUGUACCACCUAAAUCAAUAUUAAAAAAUAAAAGUGGAACACCUACAAUGGCUUCAAGUUUACUAUCACCAUUAAGUAAUAAUAUACCGGAUGCUGCAUCACCAUUAACGUUAACUCCUGGUGAUUAUACAGGAGAUGAUACAUCAUCACCAUAUUGGUUACCACGAAAUGCAUUAUUAAAACGUUUUAAUGGUAACAAUGGCGGAAAUAGUUAUAAUUUUCAAAGCUGA